AUGUCACCCUCUACCCCGCGCAUCCUCCUCCUCGGCGGCCACGGCAAAGUGUCUCUCCUACUAACCCCCAAAAUCCUCUCGCGAUCCUGGAACCUCAUCUCCAUGAUCCGCAACCCCGAUCACAAAUCCGACAUUCUAGCCGCCGCAUCCCGGGCCCCCAAAAACAGCGCCGGAAACCUCGAGGUGCUCGUCUCCAGCAUUGAAGAUGUAAAGAGCGAGAGUGACGCGAAGAGCAUUUUGGAACAAGUAAAAGCGGAUUGGGUUAUCUGGUGUGCUGGAGCCGGAGGCAAAGGUGCCAAAGACCGCACCUACGCCAUCGAUCAAAACGCGUGUAUCCAUUUCAUCCGGGCCUCUCUCGCGACCCCCUCUAUCACCAAAUUCCUCCUCGUUUCCGCGCUCAUAUGCCGCCGCUCGCGGGCUCCAUGGUGGAGCGACGAAGAUUGGGCAUAUGUGCAGGAAGUCAACAACGAAGUUAUUCCCGAUUAUUGCAAAGCGAAGUUAGCGGCAGAUCAAGCAUUAGUCGUGUUGAGCGAGGAGAGGAAAGAUAUGACGUGGAUUAAUUUGAGGCCGGGGACGUUGAGUGAUGAGGAGGAGACGGGGAGAGUGAGUUUGGGGAAGACGACGGGACAGGGGAAGGUUACGAGAGGGGAUGUGGCGGAGGUGGCGGUGAGGUUGUUGGCGGAGGAGGGGGUUAGGAGUGGGUAUUUUGAUUUGUUGAAUGGGGAGGGAGAGGUGGGGGAGGAAGUGGGGAGAGUGGUGAAGGAGGGGGUGGAUUGUAGGGAGGGUGAAGAGUUUGAGGAUUUGAAGGGAAGUGAAUUUUUGAAGCUGUGA